ACAAAAAACACAAAAAAAUAAAAAAACUCAAACGUAAGCAAGCAAACACAUACACACAACAAACACACACCGGCAGAGCCAAUUCAGCCAAAACCUCAAACGCUCUCUGCUCUUUCCCCUCCACUGUACUACACAAAGCUCACACGCAGUCCUCCAGGGAGAGUGGAGAAAGUAAAGUAAAGCAAAGCAAAAGAAAAACCAGUUGGGAAGAAACCCCAACACCUUGAUAUAGUUCUGAGCUGCUUGAGGGUUCUCUGAUUUGUUUAGGGUUCUCUUCCCAUUCCCCCCGCCCACAAACAAUCCGCGGAGCCCCACUAGGAAAGUUGAAGUCUUUCCUUUCCCCUCCCACCGGAUUGAAAGAACCACGAAAUGCAAGUUCUCAUUUGAAACACGAAUCAACUGAGAAUCUCCCACGAUCUCUCUCAUUCUCCUCCAAGACUCUGUGUACAGGAGUGAAUAUGUUUAUGGUGGGAUUAAGAACUGAACCGGUGGCUUAAGCUUAUUAGAAAGAAGGCAGUGAGGCCUGAUACAUCUCUUGAUUAUGCUGUGUUCGAACUGUCCCCAAGGCGCUCACGAUGUGAGUUGUUUGUAUCGAGGAAUGGGAUUACGGAGAAGCUUGCUUCAGGACUAGUCAAGCCAUUCGUGACUCAUUUGAAGGUUGCAGAAGAGCAGGUUGCGCAGGCAGUUAAUUCGAUUAAACUUGAAGUUGGCAAUCGUAGAAAUGCCGAGACUUGGUUCACCAAAGGAACACUGGAGAGGUUUGUGCGGUUUGUCAGCACACCCGAGGUUUUGGAGAUGGUGAACACAUUUGAUGCUGAGAUGUCCCAAUUGGAAGGAGCUCGAAAAAUAUACUCUCAGGGGAUUGGAGGCCAGGUUUCUAGUUCAGGUGUGUUCUUCUGUUAUUGGCAAUCUAAUUCCCUGAACAUAAUUUUGACUUUGUUAAAGAAACAAAAAUGCCAUGUUUCUUGAGUAAUUUCAAGCUCAUGAAUUAUGUUACUGCUUAUCCACAAUAAUAAAAUGUUAAUUCAUCUUAUUCUUUUCAUUUCAAAUGUAAUGGUUGGGUUGCAAUAGCCAGUAGGUGUGAAAAUCCAUAACUUGCGAUUUUCAGCUAAAUAGAAGCAUGUGGAAAUGUUUUUUUUUUUGGUAGAAAAGCAUGUGGAAAUGUUGCUACAUUAGGAAAGAGUCUGGUUUAGGUGCCAUAUGGUCUGAUCUGGCUGAAAGCUGUUUUGUAGCCAGGGAUAAGGUAUGCCUGGUUUCAACUCAUGCGAGACGGAUUAAUCAGGAAGAAAAGAAAAUGUCUCACAAGAGAUGGAAGGGGUUUGGUGGUUGGAACUACUUGGAAGUGUUUGCUGGUCAAUAUUUCGUGGCAUUGGUCUGAAGAUGGUACUGGCCUUGGGAUUAGAAUUGUGUUUUGAGAACUUGAAUCAUUUUUGUGUUUCAGUUGCAAUGUUGCUUGCUUGAGAUUAGCAAUGUCUUGGGAAGAGUUGAGAAUAGGCCAGCCCUUGAGUUCCUCUGCAGAGGUUUUCAUUAAAGGGGGGAAAACCAAUAGGCGCAGGGUGGUCUAGCCAUAUGGAACUUUGUGACAAGAACAUAUUAGUCUCCCUGUCAGCCAUAGUGCCACACAAUGAUGUUCCUGGGGGCUGAUAAUUCAUCAAAUCUGAAGCUUGGUGUGGAAAGGCCGUGGUAUUGAUAUAAAAUGGGGGAAAAGUAAGAUUAGGGGUCUUUGUCAUCACAGGAACUUCAAUGUGUUUUUCAUGUUCGUAUCAAUCACAUCUACUUUGUAGCUGAGAAAUAAAUACUAGGUGUCUCUUACUAUGUUUGCAUCCUUAGCUUUGGGCCUGUAGGCAUCUUAAUUUACACUGAAUUUCUCUUGCACAAUAUAUAUAAAUUUUGUUUUGGUUAUGUGCUGUUACUUGUACGCUUACUGGUUAAUUGGAUAACUGUCCAGGUGAGGAUGGUACAGGCUCCUUAGGAGGAGCUGAUGCAACAAAGAAAGAGCUUCUGAGGGCAAUAGAUGUUCGGUUGAGCGCGGUUAGGAAGGAUUUAGUUACAGCCUGUGCUCGUGCUUUAGCUGCUGGUUUCUACCCUGAAAGUAUAUUGGAACUCCAGCUCUUUGCAGAAUGCUUUGGGGCUUAUCGUCUUAAUGAAGCUUGUACCAAAUAUAUCUCACUGUGCCAGAGACGAGUUGAUUUGAUCAGUCAAUGGAAGCUACGUGUCGAGGAUCAAGCUGUCCGGUCAUCAUGGGGAUCAGACAUGUCAAUUGAUGACUCCAAUGAAGACCCAUGUGGGUCCCACCAACCUUCUUUCCAAGGGAAACACCUUGCAGGUCAAGAACAAAGAAGCCCGGACGCAACUAUCCAACCUCAAACUAGAGAACAUACAUCUUUCUCCCUUCCUGAACAGCAGAAUAAAGAGAAGGAAGGAGCUGUUGCUGAAUCAUCACCUGGACUACCAAGCCAAUCUUCCAGGCGGCUAAGUGUUCAAGACAGGAUUAACCUGUUUGAGAACAAGCAGAAGGAAAACUCUGGUAGCAAGUCAAUAUCUGUGGGGAAAUCUGCAGAGUUAAGGAGAUUAUCCUCUGAUGUGUCAUCUGUAUCUGCAGCUGAAAAGGCUGUGCUGAGGAGAUGGAGUGGAGCUAGUGAUAUGAGCAUAGAUAUAGGCAACGAAAAAAAAGAUGGAAGCAACACAGAUAGCCCAUUAUGUACACCCUCUUCAUCAUCUGCUGCCUCCCAAGCCAAAGCUACUGCCUUUUCUUUCUCAUCCGAGGAUAAUAGCAAGGACUUGAAAGGUUUACCUGAUCCCAGCUCUGCCUUUGGGUUGAAAGGUCAGGGUGAGUCGCAGACAACUAGUGUUGAAGGGAAGGGCCCUGAGUUAGAGUUGAAGGAUGAUAAAGUUAACUGGACAGAACAAGGGGUAUCUCAGGCUGGAGCGGGGAAUCUAGGCUUUCGGGAGGAGAGAUAUGUGGUCACAUCGGGUAAGGAAGACAGUUUGGGCAGAGAUAAGGAUCAUGUGCUGAUUGAAGGCAAGCCAAAUCAUUCGUGGCUUAGGGUCCCAGAUGGUGAAUUUGGGAAGAGAGUUGAAGACAUUGAGGUAAGAGAUCAUCUCCCAAAUCAUUCACGGCCUAGGAAUCAUGGUAGAUCUCUUUCAGGGCAGUUUGAAGGUGGCUUAGGUGGGAGACCGAAGAACUUGCUACAUAAAGAGGUUGGAGGCGAUCAGUCUGCAUCUCAGUCUCAGUGUAGAUCCUUUAACAGUGAAGCCGAGCCAGCAGGGAAGAAGACUGUUGCAUUUUCUGGGAGGGAAUCAACAAAGGGGGGAAACCUUGAAGCACCAACAAUAGUGAAGAUGCAAAAGUCAGUUUCUAUUGGGCGGGAUAGGAAUGAUGAGAGUGUUGUUCCUUUUGGAAGCAGCAAGCCAGUUAAUUUAGGUAAAAGAAUGCUGGAUUUGCAGGGAAGUCACCUUACUGCCCAAGCAUCAUCUGUUGAGCAAUUUCAAAGGGUAAGACAAUCAAAGGGAAAUCAGGAGCUGAAUGAUGAGCUGAAAAUGAAGGCAAACGAACUUGAAAAGCUUUUCGCAGAACAUAAACUUCGUGUUCCAGGGGAUCAUUCAAGCUGCAAUAGGAGAAACAAGCCUAUGGAGAUACAGGUUGAUCAACAGACAGCGAGUUUGGUUCACAAAACAUCAGCAGCAGCAGUGGAGAGUUCUCCCAUGCAUUUUCAGAUCAAGAAAGUGGAGCUUGAAGCAAUUGGAAAAAGUGAUACAGUAGAGUUCAACACACUGCCUACAAAAAUGUUAGAUCAACCGGACUACAGCAGCUCAUUGAGAAGGAAUUUCUCUGACCUAAGUUUUUCUGAGGAUUCUAGAGGAAAGUUCUAUGAAAUGUACAUGAAGAAGAGGGAUGCAAAACUAAGAGAAGAGUGGGUUACCAAAAGGGAAGAGAAGGAAGCUAAGUUGAAGGCUAUGCAUGAUAACCUUGAUCGAAGCAAGGCCGAGAUGAAAUCUAAAUUUUCAGCAUCUGCUGAUAAGCAGGAUUCACGUGCUCGUCGACUUACUGAGAAACUGAGAUCAUUCUCUGUUCAUUCGAGCGCGAAGAAACAGCAGCUGCCUGUCAACUUAAUCCAAAGCGAUGAGGAUGAAGAUCUCCCGGACUAUUCAGAACAGUUUUAUGGACAAGACAAAUCAUUUACUGAGGCAGCUGAUCAGAACAAGAAGUUCACAUCAACCCGGAAUAUGUCUUCGUCAACUCCUCGGACAGCUGCAGCAGCACCUGUUCCACGGUCAGCAGUGAAAAGUUCCAACCCGAGUUCUGGAAAGCGAAGGACACCAUCGGAAAAUCAUCUAGCACAAUCAGUUCCAAACUUCUCAGAAUUCAGGAAAGAGAACACAAAGCCAUUUCCUGGAGCUGGCAAGACCACAAACCGUUCUCAGGCGAGAAGCUACUCUCGCAGCAAGAGCAACGGAGAAGAUGUACCACUCACAAAAGAAGACAAUAAGUCGAGACGUUCUCAGCCAUUGAGGAAAAGUACUGCUGGUCCUCCCGAGUUCAAGGAUUUAUCUCUCACAACCGAUGCAACUGUUUUGGCAUCAUUGAAAUCUGAUAAAAAUCAGACCGAGUCAAAGACCUUCUUGAAGAAGGGAAAUGGGAUAGGUCCAGAUGCGGGACCAGGUAUGGAAAAAAUGAAAGCAUCAUCAGCUGUCUCUGAGGCUUUGAGAAGUGAAGACGAAUUUGAAGAUUCUGCUUUCGAAAUGGAGGAUAGUUCUGACGUGAUUAGGUAUGUAGGAGAAGAGGAGCUCGAAACAACUGAGGUGGAAGAUUGUACGAAUGUUGAUAGUAAUGGUAAGUCGAGACAGAGUCAGGAAUCUGAGAAGAUGGUUAUGUCAGAAUCAGACAACAGUGACCCUCAAAGAUCUCAGGUCAGUUUUUCUUCAGUUGCUGAAUUGCCUGCGUCAGUGCCUUCAGCAUUCACUACUGUAGAAGAUUCACCAGCAGAAAGCCCUGUCUCGUGGAACAUGCACUCGUUUUCUUAUCAACACGAGACCUCAGAUGUCGAUGCUAUUGUGGAUUCUCCAAUGGGGAGCCCCGCAUCAUGGAACUCUCACUCCCUAUCUCAAGCAGAAGCAGAUGUUGCUGCUCGAAUGAGAAAGAAGUGGGGAAGUGCUCAGAAACCUGUUCUUGUUAGUUCAUCACAUAACCACUCCCGAAAAGAUGCAACAAGAGGUUUCAAAAGGUUGAUAAAGUUCGGAAGGAAAAGCCGUGGCGAGACUUUGGCUGACUGGAUUUCUGCAACUACUUCUGAAGGAGAUGAUGAUACAGAAGAUGGGCGAGAUCCAGCCAGUCGGUCGUCGGAAGACUUGAGGAAGUCGAGGAUGGGAUUCUCACAUGGCCAUCCUUCUGAUGACGGCUUUAAUGAUGGAGAAUUAUUCAAUGAGCAAGUUCAAGCUCUGCAUACCUCCAUUCCAGCACCUCCUGCCAACUUCAAAUUGAGGAAUGAUCAUGUUUCUGGAAGCGCAAUCAAAGCUCCAAGAUCUUUCUUUUCGCUUUCAAACUUUCGGAGCAAGGGAGGGGAUUCAAAGUCACGUCAAUAAGGCAGCCAUUGGUGCCAGCCUGGGAGAACCUUGAUCAAGCAAAUAUGGUGUAAAGAAUGAAUGGUUGGGUAAUGAUAAAACAACGCAGGAUGGGUGAUGCAGAGGGAAAGAAAUGCUCUUUUUUGGAGGUGAAAUAUGUUGUAAAUUGUAAUCUGAACAAGAGAUCGCCACCUGUUUGGCAGUUUUUGACAGCCUUUUUAGGAGCAUUCUUUUCCUACGUUUUUUCCAACUGUCAUGAUUUCAUUAUCAGUUUUUUUUUGUUCAGCCUUUGUGUGACCAACGUCAGAUGUAUAUGAGUUUGUAAACUGUGUUUAGAUAAUAACUAUAUUGACUUUGAUGGUUGCAUUUUAAGCAUCAAAUCACAUAACUUUCGGAGUAAAUGCUUUGAUAAACGUUGGAAAU